AUGUAUGUCAACAACAUGACACAAGUGAGAGUCUUUGUGUUUUCUGGUCUAACAGACAAUGAAGCAAUUGUCCCCUUCCUCUUCAUAUUCUUCUUCCUUGUGUACUUGGUGACCAUAGUUGGCAAUGUUGGCAUGAUAACUGUUGUCCAUGGGACAGCCAGCCUCCAAACUCCAAUGUACUAUCUCCUGAGUUACCUCGCCCUGGUUGACCUCUGCUACUCCUCAGUGAUAACACCUAAAAUGCUUUUUGACCUUCUGUCAAAGAUAAAGACCAUCUCAUUCGCUGGUUGUGCUCUCCAGUUCUUCUUCUUUGCUGCCCUAGCAGUCACAGAGGCUCUACUGCUCUCCAGCAUGUCCUAUGACCGAUAUAUUGCCAUCUGCCAUCCUCUCUAUUACGUCUUAAUUAUGACCUAUAAAAAAUGUUUAAUCCUUGUUCUACUUUCCUUAUCUAUUGGCUUCCUGCAGUCAUCAGUGCAGACCAGUUGUGUAUUCAGUCUCCAGUACUGUGGACCAAAGCUUAUAGAUCACUUCUACUGUGAUGGACCUCCUCUGCUCACAUUGUCCUGCUCUAGAAGUCUUCCGUGUGACAUGGUGACUGUUUUCUUUGUAUGUUUCUGUGGCAUUGGAUCAAUGGUGACAGUCCUGGUCUCUUACACUCUAAUUGUUUCUUCUAUUUUACGGAUGAAAUCCAGUAAGGGCAGGCAGAAAGCAUUCAGUACAUGUUCCUCACAUCUCAUGUGUGUCUCCAUCUUCUACGGGACAGUUUUCUUCAUGUAUCUGCGCCCAUCUUCCAAUGUCUUUGAUCAACGAGACAAGGUGGUCUCUGUCUUCUAUUCAAUGGUGAUUCCCAUGUUGAAUCCACUUAUAUACAGUCUGAGGAACCAAGAAGUGAAAAAGAUUAUUGUAGGAGUGGUACAAAAAUGUCAAUGA